GAAACCUUAAAAUUUUCAAAUUACUUUAAGGUUCUCCAUAAGGAUACGCUACUCCAACAAUUAGAUUCUAAUAGUUUUAUCCAUCAGCUCAAAUCUUCUGUACUUCUUCUAGUGACACCAAGUGCUUCAAAUUGAAAUAAGAUUCUAAUAGUUUUAUCCAGCAGCUCAAAUCUUCUGUACUUCUUCUAGUGACACCAAGUGCUUCAAAUUGAAAUAAGAGGCAAUGAAACCCAUUGUAGGACGCACGAGUACUUCUCCAUCAAACCUGGCAAAGAAUUUCACAGAGCUUACGAGAAGAGUACAACAAUUAUGUGACAAGAGGGGCGACAUUAGAGAUAAAAUAGACCGUGUAAAGCAACAGCAGGAGCCUACACGGGAAUGCAUUGGAUGGCUUGCAGAUGUGGAUAGGAUUGAGAAACAGGCGAAGAUGAUAGAAGAGGACCACCUUGUUGACAAGAGGCGUUUUAAAGGAUGGUUUCCAGAUACCGCCCGUGCAAAGCUUGGCGAGCGUGUGGUUGAGAUGAUUCAGCGUGUUAAAGAGCUCCAAGAGAAAUCCGAUUUUGAAGGUGGUUUCGUUACUAAUUUGCCUCCAGAAAUAGUUAAGAUGAGGCGUGCCCCAAAUUUGAGUGCAGAAACUUCAGCUAAUCGCAACUUGAAAAAGAUACUUGAUUGCAUAGGGGAGAAAAAUAUCCGAAAGAUAGGAAUUUGGGGUAUCGGUGGGGUUGGUAAGACAGCUUUAAUGAAAGCCAUGAACAACUCGCCCAAAGUGGAGAAAAUGUUUGAUUUUGUAAUUUGGGUAUCUGUCUUAAAGUCUUGGAAUGUUAGGAAACUGCAAGUUCAAGUUGCAAAUUGCUUGAAUUUGAAUUUGGAUAUGAGCAAAAUGGGAGAUAAUGACAAUAUAGAAGAUAAUGAAGUUUCAACGAGACUGCACCGCGAACUUGAGGGCAAAAAGUACUUGUUACUUCUGAAUGGUGUUUGGGAAAGAGUAGAUUUGAGUAAGGUAGGCAUUCCAAGCAUAAAUCAAGAUAGUGGUUGCAAAGUUAUUCUGACAACUAGAGAAUUAAAAGUUUGUCAUGAGAUGGAGACUGACGUGGAAAUCCAAGUGGAGACUUUGUCUAAUGAGGAAUCAUGGAAAAUGUUCGAAUCAAAAGUUGGAGAAAUUGUUAGGUCUCCAACUAUCAAGCCUAUCGCUGAAGAAAUUGUUAGAGAGUGUGGUGGCUUACCACUUGCACUAAAUGUAGUAGGUGGUGCCCUAAGAAAGGUUGAAGAUGCUGAUAUCUGGCAUAACUUAUUGAAGAAGUUGAAGUCACCAGAUAUGUCUACUGUCAACAAUGUGAGUGACCGUUUGUUUGGGUCAUUGAAGGUCAUUUAUGAUCAAUUAAAAGAUUCCAACAUCAAGAACUGUUUUUUGUAUUGUAACUUGUAUCCGGAAGGCCACGAGAUUAGCAAAUCUCAAUUGAUUAAUUAUUGGAGAGCGGAGGGACUUCUUCCGAGUAAAAGGACUUUAGAAGAGGCCCGUGUUGAAGGACUUGUCCUAUUACGUGAUCUUGGUGAUUUGUCUCUGUUGGAAAAGUGUGAGGAUGGAAGGCAUGUAAAGGUGCAUGAUGUGGUUCGAGAUUUAGUUCUAAAAAUGACUUCACCGGGAGGAGAAGAAAGCAGACAAAUGGUGAGAGCUGGACUGUGCAGAGAUGAGAUACCAGAUGAUAAGGAUUGGGAAGACGCAAUUAGGAUCUCAUUUAUGUUUAAUCAACUGUACAAUUUACCAGAGAUGCCAAAUUGUCCCAACCUCUUAACUUUGCUGCUUCAAUCAAAAGAUUAUCUUAGCUCUCGGUUGCAAGUAAUACCUGAAUCUUUCUUCAACCACAUGCCAAGCCUCCGAGUUUUGGAUCUAUCAGAUACCGGCAUCAUCUCAUUACCAUCCUCCAUCUCAAAUUUGGUAAGCCUCAGAGCACUGCUUCUAAAAAGAUGCAGGAAGUUGAAGGCAUUGCCUCGUGAAGUACGUGCACUUAAGCUACUUGAGGUGCUCUGUCUCACAGAAAAUAACAUGGCAUGCAUACCUAGUGCUGUUUGGGAGUUGACUGGCCUUAGGUGUUUCAAAUUUUCUAGUGAAGUGAUUAGUCUCAGUGACGAUGUGAUCAAUCUAAAUGGAAUAUUGUCCAAACUUCGUCUCUUAGAAAAAUUGGAUAUUUUUGGAGACGAUAUCAAAGAUGAAACAAAGAAAAGUUGGGAAGUCUUACAAAAAGAGCUUGGUAGCUUGACACGGCUUUCUUCUCUUAGAUUCAGAUUUGGAAAUGCAAGUGAUCUCAAACACUUUCUUUUAAACAGCAAACAAUGGAGACAUGGAAAGUUGACGAAAUUCGUUUUCUAUGUUGGACAUGAAUUCCCAAAUACAAUUCCACUAUGUGGAAGAUUUACAGAUCAAUGCAAACCAUAUAAGAGUUGUUUGGGUUACGAAGGUGGAAGCGAUGGCGACAACAUCAUCCCCUCUGCAGUAAUGGACGUGCUUUUACGCUCAGAGUUUUUUGCACUAGUUGGUCACAAUGAACUUAGAAAACUUUCAGAUUUGGGCGUAGAAAACACGAAUGGGUUAAAAUAUUGCAGGGUUUGUAAAUGUGAUGCAAUUGAAAACAUUGUAGAUGAAGCUGGAUUACGAGCGAAUGCCUUUGCAAAUUUAGAAUGCCUUGUAUUGCAACAUAUCAAAAAUUUAGAGAGCAUCUGCAGGAGAUUAGCAAUGCAAUCAGGAACCUGCAGCAGCAGCAGUUUCACUAAUCUUCGACAUUUGGAACUAUGUUUUUGCAAUGGCUUGAGGACACUUUUCACAUGGCAGUCAAUUCCACAAUUCCUUAAUUUGGAGUUAUUGAGAAUUAUCGGGUGUGAUAAUUUCGUAGAGAUGAUUUCAGUUGACGAUGUGGAGUCCAGCAGCAGGAAGCCUGAAUGUGUGAUGUUGCCGAAACUGAAGCGUUUGGAACUUUGUUUUCUACAGGAAUUUGUUCACUUCUCCAAGGGGAAUGUCUCCUUCUGUUGGCCCUCAUUACAGGAGGUUUCUUUUUUCGUUGGCCCAAAACUGGAAUUUUUUCCUUUUGGCGUAGACAGUGCACCUAAUCUGAGGAAAAUUUAUGGACCCCAGCAGUGGUGGGAAGCAUUGAAAUGGGAAGAUGACAACGUCAAAUUAAAAUUCAGCCCUUUCUUCUACCCAAUAGAUGACCGUUUGCCGAAUGAUCUCAUGAACAUCAUCUUGGCGCAUGCCUUGGGGAAGGCCUUAGCGAAUGCGUGCAACAUUCUAUAAAGCAGAGCUCCAUUUAUUCAUCCACAUCCCUCUGCUGAGGAUGGUUAAGGUGAAUGCUGAGUGUGAGGAACAAAGCUUGAUGAUAUGUUUCUGGUUUUCCUGUUUCCAUUUGUGUUCAAUAAAGAAUUUAGUUGAUAUGGUAUUGUUGAUUUAUUUAGUUGGUGUGUGGAAUUUGUAAGAGACUUUGGAAUAAUGGUUUGUUCAAUACUUUACUCACUACUGUUUGUA